AUGAAUCCCCCUCAACUCCUCCCGCUCUGUACCCCCCAACUCCCGAUCCUGUCGAGAUUCCUGUCCCCAGCUCUCGUGGUUGGCAAUGUAAUCCACUGCUCGGGCCAACUGCCCAUCGACCCGAGGACAGGCAGGCUAGUGGCAGGGAGUGUCCAGUCCCGCGCAGCGCAAAUCCUCCUGAACCUCAAUACCAUCCUCACAGCCGCCGGCUCGAGCUUAAACAGUGUGAUAAAACUGAGCAUCUUCUUGACCGACAUGCGCGAUUGGGAUGCAGUGAACACUGUGUUGGAGUCAGAUUUUCUGGACGCUAAGCCGGCCUGCACGUGUAUCGCAGUCGAGGGUCUGCCGGGGGGCAGUGACCUGGAAGUGGAAUGCUCGGCUCUGAUUGCGAAGCCG